AUGGCGUCAGCUGACGGCGGAGGGGAUGAGCAGAAGACGUCGUGGCCGGAGGUGGUGGGCUGGGUGACGCUGAACGCGUCGUUCAAGAUCGCCAGCGACAGGCCCGACGUGUCGACUGCCUUCUACAGUGACACCACCCCGCUGCCGACGGACUAUGACCCCAAGCGCGUCAUCAUCAUCUUCGACUCCGGCAACGUCGUCGUCAAGACUCCUGUCGUCGGCUAG